AUGACAAUGACUGCACCAAGGGGCGCUGCUUGGAUAGUCACCCCCAACUUGCAAGACUCGUGUGAAUCUUUAGCCUGGAAGUACUCAGUGCAAUGCCCAGAGUGUUCAAAAGCACUAGAGCCAUUCCUCACAAGUAUUCAAAAGGAUACCUCGACUACCAGAAUGCGAGUUGGAACCCGUGAGAAAGAUUUUACAGCCACUCAGUCUGUUAAGAUCGUGAUCGAAGUAGUAGAAGUGGAACCGUCACGACGAAGCAUUAGUUUGCUGUCACGCAUGGAAGUUGUCAUGGGUGUCACGCUGCUUCGCUUAUGCCUAGAGUAUUUACAAAUGCCCAACAUCCUGGAACAGUGUAAAGAUGUCAUCCUUUCAUUCAUGCUAACCAAAUGGUAUCUUAGUUUAAGACCUUAA